UAAGCGCUAGCUACUACUACCUCCGUUCCGGUGUAUAAAUCAUUCACAAUAUGAUAGUCACACCGUCACGGUGAGCGGGUGAAGUGAGUACGAUACGACAACAGUCAUAUGGCGAUGCAUCGUCAGGUUGCUUUACUCCUCGCCCUCAUCCUCCUCCUGGCUACCGGAGACGGCAGCCUCGCCGUCGGCACUCCGUCCGCGAUCAUCACAAGGACAUGCGCCGCUGUCGGUGGGCAAGUGGGUUACGACUCCUGCGCGGGCGCGCUCUCGGCCGACCCGGCGGCCGCGGCCGCCAAGGACGCACGUCAGCUCGCCGUCGUCGCCACCAACCUCACCGUGGCUAACGUCACGUCGACGGUGCUCGUCCUCGACGACCUUGUCAAGAACCUCAGGGCCUGCCUCCGCUACUACAGGGACAUGAACAAGACUCUGAAGGGCGCGCUCGGUGACCUACGUGCUGGGCGCCUCGAAGCGGCGUCGGACAAACUGUUGGAUGCCUCCCACGCGCCCAGCGACUGCGACAUCCUCUUGUUCGAGGGGAGAGCGGAGAAGAACCCGAUGAGCAAGGAGAACACCCACGCCGCUUGGCUGUCCCGACUGGCAUAUGCGAUUGCUAGCUCGCAGGCGCUGAAUCCCCGGCACCGACGUCAAGUUUAAUUCUUGGUCUCAUGCGGCUUAUUAAUCUAGCUACGCAGCUAGCUGGUGGUUGAUUUGAUUUCCAUUUGCUCGAUCGAUCGCAUAAAAUGAAAUUGCCAUUUGUUGUUCAA